AUGGGACUGGGCGGCGUGGAGCAGGAGGCGGCGCUUGUUGGGGAGGCUUGGGCCGCCCAGGAGCCCACGGAGCAGGAGGAGGCUCAGGUGGAUUGCAACAAAGGGGUGACAGGCACCAUCUAUGAGUAUGGAGCCCUCACCCUCAACGGCGAGGAGUACAUCCAAUUCAAGCAGUUUGCAGGCAAGCACGUCCUGUUUGUCAAUGUGGCCACCUAUUGAGGCUUGGCAGCUCAGUGUCCUGAACUGAAUGCACUACAGGAGGAGCUGAAGAAUUUUGGUGUCAUUGUGUUGGCCUUUCCCUGCAACCAGUUUGGAAAACAAGAACCAGGAACAAACUCAGAAAUAUUUGUUGGUCUCAAGUAUGUGCGUCCAGGUAGUGGCUUUGUCCCCAGUUUCCAGCUCUUUGAGAAAGGGGAUGUGAAUGGAGAAAAAGAACAGAAGGUCUUUACUUUCCUGAAGAACUCCUGCCCUCCGACCUCUGAUCUUUUGGGCUCAUCAAGCCAACUCUUCUGGGAGCCCAUGAAGGUCCAUGAUAUCCGCUGGAACUUUGAGAAAUUUCUGGUGGGGCCCGAUGGAGUCCCUGUCAGCUGGUUCCACCAGGCUCCAGUCAGCACAGUCAAGUCAGACAUCCUGGAGUACCUAAAGCAGUUCAAUACCCACUUGGAAGGGCUGGCAACUGACAGAACUACCCUGUCUCCCACCUGCAGGAAUGUCUAA